AGGUGAGCGCGCACACGGUUAUUGCAGACAGAAACGUCGACGCGGUGACUUAAUAGUUGCGAAGUAUCAUCGCCCGGUUGUUUAAUCGGUUCGAGAAAGGUGUUUUCACGAAUAUCUGUGACCUUUCCCCCCCCCAGGAGUAAAGUUAAGAAGGGACGUCGUCGUGUGGCACAAACACGAGCCAACUGGUCAACAUGCGUGUCAGCUGGUUGGUUUCGGUGGCUUUGUUCUUGAUCGCAGCGACAGGUGCGAGUAGCCUAACAGUCACCACCAGUAACCCAAAUGUGCGGGUGAAGGAGAAUGACGACGCUGACCUUACGUGCUCGUAUUCAGCCGACUUUGGUGCAGAUCCCAUAGUUGUGUGGAAAUUUACGAACCUGAAGGGCUCACAGAUUGUUAGUGAUUUGGAUAAUAAACCAACAACACCAUAUGCCAACCGAGUGACGAUGUACGGUAGUUCUCUGAGAUUCUCCAAAGUGACCAGUAAGGAUAAUGGAGUGUACGACUGUGAGGUGGCCAACACCAACGGCCAGUCUGGGAAAGUGCAAGUGACGAUGACUGCUCUGGUGCCUCCAUCUGCACCCUUGUGUAGGAUCCCCACCUCGGUGACGACGGGCCGGAAGGUCACGCUGACCUGCCACGACAAAGUCGGCUCCCCUCCGCCCAAAUACAAGUGGUUCAAAAACAGCGUCCUUCUGCCGCCUGAGCCCAGCAAGACAACUGAUUUCAAAAAUGCAACCUACAAGCUAAACACAGAUAAUGGAGACCUGGUAUUUCCCGCUGCAACCAAGAUGGACUCCGGUCAAUACUUCUGUGAGGCUUUCAAUGAUGCUGGGCCUCCUCAGCGCUCUAAAGUCAUGAAAAUGGAAGUCCGUGACGUGAACACUGGAGGAAUUGUUGCUGGGGUAAUAGUGGCUCUGCUGCUAGUGGUCCUGCUGGUAUUUGGCAUUUGGUAUGCCCACAAGAAAGGAUAUCUGCCCAAGAAGACUGAAAGAAAACCAAAGCCCAGCGUGGUCUACCAGCAAGCAGGAUCAUCAUUGUAUGGUGGUGAAGAUGAAGAUGGGGAAUUCAAACAGAAGUCAUCGUUUGUGGUAUAGUCUUCAUCAACGACAGGAGAUCACCUUGGUUUAAAAUGUCUCUUGGCGUGAUAGUUUUUAUUGACGUCUUUCUUUUUAUUUGCUCCCAAGUUGCAGUUUUUAUAGACCAGUGUGAUUGUUGACCUGAAUUGUCUACUUUAUUGUCUCCAUUGCAAAAAGGUUCUAGGAUACAUUUACAACAGGCAGGUUAUGAGAUCUCUUUCAUAUGUUGAUAGGUUAUUUUAAUAGCAUGAGAUGUGGCUACGGGAGACCCCCUUUAGCCUCCGACGGGUUUCCAUCUUCAUG